GUAAAAGUUCUUGGCGUGGUAGCUCUUAUCGAUGAAGGUGAAACCGACUGGAAGUUGAUUUCCAUCGAUGUUACUGAUCCUUUGGCUGACCAGAUGAACAACAUCGGAGAUGUGGAAAAGCAUUUCCCUGGACUGCUUAAAGUAUGUUUGUUAACCUCUAUUCCACUGUCAUAUAGCUUUAGAGAAGGCCAUAGAAUGGUCCUCGACCUUCGCCGUCGCCGUCAAGUAGGCCGCAAUGCUGCAGGCUGCUCCAUUGGUUUUAUGAUAAGGCUCAAAGCUUGCCCCUCUUUACUAUUUUUAGAAGGAACUGCUUCUAAGACCUUGGAAGUUUUUCUGCUCCUUAAGACUGCAGAAAUGGAGGCUAUUGCCACUGUUGAAUGGUUCCGCAUCUAUAAAAUUCCGGCUGGUAAACCAGCCAACCAAUUUGGCUUUAAUGGUGAAUAUAAGGAUCGUGAAUAUGCCCACAAUGUAAUUGAAGCCACCCACGACUUUUGGAAAAACCUCAUCAAGGAAGCAUCUCCAAAGCUCAAUACAGAAUGCUUCGUCGAAGGCGCUGCUCAUCAAGCUACCCACCAGUCUGCUCAAGCUGUCUUAGAUGCAUCUGCAGCCCCGGCUGCUGCGUCCGAAAUUCCAUCCGAAGUUGACAAGUGGCACUAUAUUCAAGCCUGA